UGUGCGACCUUUACUCACUAUUGCUGUUCCUUCGCACAUGUUCGAUGUGGUGAAAAUUAAAUGCUCGAUUCAAACCAAAUUGCAGAGGAGAACAUAUGGGACUAGUCAGUUCCCGGAGAUGUUUUUAUAUUUUUAAAAAAGUUAAAUGGCAAACCUCAGCCCGUUGGUCUACUGGUCGCAGACCAAACAAACGAUACUACUAAAAGUCGACCUCAAGGAUGCCAAGGGAGCUAUCGCGGACUUUUCACCGGUUUCGGUGAACUUCAGUGCCAAUGGACACGGAGCUCGAGGAGUGAAUGCCUACAAAUUUGAGCUGCACUUUUACGCCCUAAUAGACGAUGAGACGGCCACCUUUGCGGUUAGCGAUAAUAAAAUCGAGCUGCAAAUCCGGAAACUGGAGCCGGAAUGGUGGCCCCGAUUGGUGGCCACUCCCCAGAAGCCCCACUGGCUGAAAAUCGACUUUGACCGCUGGCGAACCGAAGACGAUGCUGAGCUGGAGGAGAAACCCAGAGAUGUUCGACAGGAUUACCAGAAGGAGUACGCCGAGCUGCAGAAACGCGAGUUGGGUUAUAUUAAAGAGAAAACCAAAAAGGUUUACAUGAUAUUCUACAACCUGGCCAUGUUCGUGGGCUACCUGUACAUAAUGGUCGUAAUGGGAGUACUAUACUACCGCGAUGGCUACGAUAGCAUCAGCAAAACAUACGCCAAUGUGGGCAACGCCUUCAAGUUCAUUCAGCUCCUGCAAUAUCUGGAAGUGAUGCACCCCAUCUUUGGCUACACAAAAGGUGGUCCGGUGGUGCCCUUCUUCCAGGUGUCUGGAAGAAACUUCAUCCUGUUCCUUAUGAUCGAAAUGGAGCCACGCAUGCACGGAAAGCCCGUGGUUUUCUAUGUAUUCAUAAUCUGGUCUUUGGUCGAAUUGGUGCGAUAUCCGUUCUACUUGGCCCAACUGCUUAAUCGCGAGGUGGGCCUGCUCACCUGGCUGAGAUACACCAUCUGGAUACCGCUCUACCCCAUGGGCAUCCUGUGCGAGGGCAUCAUCGUGCUGCGCAGCAUUCCCUACGUCGAAGAAACGAAACGUUUUACCGUGGAAAUGCCCAACCCUUGGAACAUAACCUUCGACAUGGUUCUCUUCCUGAAACUAUACCUCCUGCUGCUCAUAAUGCCGGGCAGCUACCUAGUCAUGUCCCACAUGGCGAAGCUGAGAUCCAAAAAGCUGGGAAAGGGACGCGCCAAGCGGAGGCAGCACCUCCACGCCGACUAGUCGAUUGACACACUGCCAGGAGCAAGGUUCGUUCGACUCAUGGCAGCAAGUUUUCCUAUUUUCGUUUAGCGUAAACAAAAAGUCCAAAAAAUAUCUACAUCCACCAUACUAUACAACUUUGACGUUCAUUAAAAUUUCUAUCAUAAUGCAAA